AGAUGCAACCGAAUGGAAGUGGUGUUCACAUUGUUAUUAAUUUAAUGUCGAUAGAAAAUGCAGUUAACAACAAUAAAAUUGUUUGAAAUUACCAAAAUUUCGUUUUUUAAUAAAGCAGCAAUUAAUAGAUUAACGGUCGCAAACAUACGAAGUUAUGCACUAGCGGCUAAUAAGCAAACUGAUUCCAGUAUCGACCAAAGUUCUGAACAAGAGCGAACCAAAUCAUCUGUGGCAGAACAGCGUCUGAUGAAUAUUGCAGUAAUUGGAGUACCAAAUGCAGGCAAAAGUACAUUUAUAAACAACUUAAUUCAGCAUAGAAUUUGCCCAACUUCAUCUAAAGUACACACAACGCGUGAUCUGCAUAAGGCGAUAUAUACAACUGGUAACACACAAUUGAUAUUUUAUGAUACUCCAGGACUUGUAACAAGUAGUGAAAUAAAAAAACACAAUUUAAACAGCUCUAGCAAAUCUUUUAAGAUUUCCGCUUAUAAAAAUGCACUUAAACAAGCAGACAUAAUAGCAGUUAUGCAUGAUGUGUCUAAAGCAUUCACACGGAAACAAAUCCACACUACAGUACUGGAUACAUUAAGAGCUUAUCCAAACGUUCCAAGUUUUUUAAUUUUGAAUAAAAUUGAUGCUUUAAAGUCGAAGCGUGUGCUUCUUGAAUUAAUACGCAUACUUACGAACGGUACUCUAUCUGGUAGACGUAAAUUAAAAGGGAAAUCCGAUGAUGCAAACAAAGAAGAACUUGUGAAAUCUGUUAAGAGUACAGAAAAUUGGAGUCAUUUCAAGGAUGUAUUUAUGGUGUCAUCACUAACAGGAAGUGGUUUAAGCGAUAUUCACGAUUAUUUAUUGAACAUGGCUAAACCUCAAACAUGGAAGUAUGCAAGCGAUAUAUAUACGGACUAUACACCAGAAACUUUAAUUGUUGAAAGUGUGCGUGCACGACUAUUAGAUUAUUUACCACAAGAAAUACCAUAUACUUUAAAAAGCGAAUUAGAAUAUUAUAACGAAGAAAACAAUAUAAUUUAUGCAUCUGUACAAGUUUUAUGCCCGACAACACGUUUAGAACGUUUAAUAUGUGGUGAAUCGAAUGGCAGAUUGAGACAAAUCACAGAGCGUGUCACAUCAGAUUUAGUGGAAACUUUCGGAAAACCAAUUUCACUUACCAUUGCUACACAUAGUCAAACAAAAUAAUGACAUUAUAAAUGUUUUAAUCAUAUUGUUACAUAAUAAAUAUGCUAUAAUAGUUUCAGA